UCUCUUUACAACAGUAGGCCUAUUUGACAGUCAGGUAUGGAGACAGUAGACCACAAGGUUUCUGAAGCCAACCAGUCGGAGGUUGUUCAGUCCACCUCAACGCGGUCACUAGACUCCGAAAACCCCAGUAAUGAAGCACCAGGUAACAGCGGGACAUCCAGAAAAAGGCCAGGUAGAGGAGACACACGGAGCAGCCAAAAGAAAAAGAGGUCUGCCUCCCCCAGCGACUCCAAAAGCAAGCCUAAAGCGAAGAAGAAAAAGACCAAAAGUGCUCGGAAAUCUAGACCCAACUACACCAUUGAAGAGGGCGAGGACAUGCUCCUCAUCAUUUCCAACGUCAGUCAGAGCGACAGUGUAUGGAGGCCCAAGAGGAAAGGCAAAAAGAAAUUGAAGAAGAAGCCAGCUAAAACGAAGGCUCAAAGUAAAUCCCCCAAAACAAUAAAGAAAAAGACAUUGGUAGGUGGCACACCUGCCAGAUGCAGUGUCAUAGUGGACUCUCAGAGCACAGACAUUGAUCCUAAAGAUCAGGUUCAACCUCAGGUAUGUUCCUCCAGCUCAGAAGAUGACCAGUGGGGUCAGGGUCUUCCAGUGGAGGUCCUGGUAAAUAUAUUCCAGUACGUGGUGCGACGAGAUGGGGCAGUGCCAUUCCUCUGCAGGGCUGCGAGGGUGUGCAGGCUGUGGAACGUUGCUGCGUCCAGCCCUUGCCUGUGGCGAAGUGUGACCGUUGGCUUUUGCUGGCUAGAGCCGGGCAAGAGCCAGCUUCCCAAAACAGAGAUGAGAAUCCAAAAUACCAUGAGUUGGCUGGCACAGAACAGACUUUCACAGCUCAGGGAAUUUUCACUUUGUCACUGGAAGAAGAAUGUGGACUAUGCUCUUCAGGCUGUGUCUGAGUGCUGCCCUCAUCUCAUCUCUCUGAAACUGUCUCACUGCACCGGAGUGACUGACAAAGCUUUCCAGAGCCUGGCCAUCCACUGCCACAAGCUGGAGAACAUAGACGUGCAGAAUACUGAUGUCCAAGGUGAAGGACUUGUCACAUUUCUGGAAACCCAUGGGCAUCACAUCCAGAAGAUUUCCUUCAGCCAUGGCUCCAAGAGUGAGAAAAUACUCACAGUAAUAUCGAAGGGCUGCUGUCCAGAGCUCCGUUCACUGGCCAUCAACACAACGCUCAACACUGGAUUCUCCCAGCUGGCUGUCUGCAUCCCAGCCUUGCAGAUCGGCUGCCCCAAACUACAGACGUUCAGCAUGAUGAACGUGAUGCUCAGGCCUAAGAUGAUCCGCAACGUGCCGGCGUGUGGGCCGGGCUUCCCGCUGCUGGAGGAGCUGUGCAUCGCCACCACCUCCAUCUCCUUCUUCUCCGAUCAGGACCUCCACAGCCUGCUCCACAGCUCCCCCCGGCUGCGCGUGCUGGACCUGCGCGGCUGCUCGCGCGUCACGCCCACCACCCUCUUUGCCCUGCCCUGUCAAGACCUGGAGUGUCUGUUCUGGGGCCUGUACUUCAACAGCACGUCGGCGGUGUCCUCCAAGAAGGGGCUCCACCUGCUGGCCCAGAAGUGGAGCCGCACGCUGCGGGAGCUGGACAUCACCAACCACGCCUUCUCCGAGGAGGACCUGGAGGUGGCCCUGGGGCACCUGGCGGUGGGGGAGGGCGCCCACGCGCUACGCCUGCUCAACCUCAGCGGCACCAAAGUCACCUCGCAAGCCCUCAGGAUGCUGAUUGGUCACGCGGUUGCCCUGGAUUACCUAAACCUGUCGUCAUGCCGAUACCUUCCCAGGGGGAUGAAGAAGUUGUAUCGAGGCCAGGAGGACAUACGUCAGCUGCUUGACAAACUAGAAUAGUGACGUUGGAUGUAGCAUUUAAAGACCAGGUACACUACACAUCACUUAAAGCAGGGGUGGGCAACCUAUGUCUCGAGGGCCAUUUGCGGCCCUUGAAGCUGUUUUAUCCGGCCCCCGAUAUAAUUUUAAUGUUAUGCAGCUUCACAUGAAAGUUGACAUAUUUUGUAAAGGAAUCUUAGAAAUUACAUUUGCAAUACAAUUAAGUUACAUUCAAGGGACCUGUGGGAGGUGGGGUCUCUUUUAAAGGUGGCUGCUUUCAAUAUAGGGCUAAAGUGCAGGGGAAAUCCUGGUUUGUGUUCAUAAUACGACCCUCGGAUGACUUUUACGGCCCUCUGAGGAAUUUGAAGUGGCCCUUUGAAUGAAAAAGGUUCCCUACCCCUGAGUUAAAGGAACUGUCCAUCAUUUUUUGGGAAAUGCUCAAUUUGCACCACCGAUUGAAAUAAUUGAGUUUGACCCUUCUCCUGCUCUGCCGGCUGUUCUCUGAGACUGGUGGUAUUACGAGCAGACAUACAGUUGAAGAAAGUCAACGGAGCACCUUCAGAUGUGGAUAUUUUACUGUUUUAUAGGGCAAGUGUAGUCUUUUACUGUUUUAUAGGGCAAGUGUAGUCUUUUACUGUUUGAUAGGGCAAGUGCCAAGACUGCAUUUGCCCAAUAAAGCAGUAAAAUGUCCACAUCUGAAGAUGCUCCGGUGACUUUCUCUUUUGUCUGCACCUACUAGUCCUUUCCCGUGUGAGGCAUCAGAUUGUGAAGUGCAGGAGCACGGAGAAUAUCUUUCUUUUCUGGUGAUAUUACCUCUUUACAUGUAUCAUGUGACACAUGCUAAGAAAUAAUAUCACCAGAAUCAGAGAACGCCUGAGAGAACAGGAGAGAGGCAAAACUCAAUUACACCUAACUGGUGGACUGGUCUCCAAAUGACUCCAACUACAACUACUGUGGUGCUAUGACGUGUUGGAAGCACAUAAUGGUGAAUAAUUAAAAAACUGCUAAUGCAGUUGGAUUAAGUGCCAGUGACCAAAUGAUACCGUGCCAUUGAAGGAACAGAAACAAGAAAACUGUCAAGUACUGACAACUCAUUAGAAUCAGGUCAUGUGUUGCUGUUAUUGUUCCCCACAUGGACGUUUAAAGACCUUUUAAUUAGCCGGUUUAGAAUAUUUUUUAUAUGCAUUUUUUGUAAGUACCGUAAUUGUUUUUUUUUUAUACCAGUGUGUCUAAUGAUUGUAAAUAAAAACCACUGCAUGUGUUGACAUUUUAGGCUACUGUAAUUACCUGGAUUCAAUAUUGGAAUGUGACCAUAAUAAAGAUGCUUCAGAUGACAGAA